AUGCUUUUCCGAAACCGUUUUCUGUUCUUGCUGGCUCUGGCAGCCUUAUUAGCCUUUUUGAGCCUCAGUCUACAAUUCUUGCAUUUAAUCCCAGUCAACCCCAUCAGGGAAGAUGGGCUGAAUCCUAAGAGCCGAAAGAGAAUAAUGCCUGGUUUGCUGACCGAGCCUCCUGCAAUAGAUCCUGUUUAUGAAGCUCGUGUGUACUGCAAUAUUCCCACCAUUGCUGAACGCAGCAUGGAAGGUCAUGCACCUCAUUAUUUUAAGCUAGUAUCAGUUCAAGUGUUGAUUCGACAUGGUGACAGGUAUCCACUAUAUGCCAUUCCCAAGACAAAGAGACCUGACAUUGACUGUAUGUUGCUGCCUAGCAGGAAACCUUCUCAUCCUCAGCUUGAAGCUUUCAUUAAACACAUGUCCAAAGGGUCUGCAGCCCAAAUGGAUGGUUCCCUAAGCAGCCUGCCUCGUUACCCUAGUCAUUCGUUGUGCGAAAUGGGAGAGCUUACGCAGACAGGGGUUGUACAACACUUGCGAAAUGGACAACUAUUACGAGACAUUUAUAUAAACAAACAUAAACUGCUUCCUAGUGACUGGACAGCAAAACAGCUCUAUUUGGAGACAACAGGAAAAAGUCGAACCCUGCAGAGUGCAUUGGCACUGCUCUACGCUUUUUUGCCAGAUUUUGACUGGAAGAAAAUUACCAUGAGGCAUCAGUGGAGCACCAUUUUUUGCUCUGGAAGCUGCGACUGUCCUAUGCGAAACCACUACCUAGAAGAGGAACAGCGCAGACAGUACAGUUUACGGGUGAAAAACAAUGAUUUGGAGAAAAUAUAUGUGGAUAUGGCAAAGAUUGUAGGCAUUCCCACCAGGCAGUUGAGAGCUUCUAACCCAAUAGAUUCUCUCUUGUGCUAUUUUUGCCACAAUGUCAGUUUUCCAUGUACCAAAUCUGGCUGUAUUGGUAUGGAACACUUCAAAGUAAUCAAAAGACACCAGUUGGAGGAUGAGAGAGAAAGACAGGAAAAGAAACUUUAUUUCUUGUAUGCACUGUUGGCUACUCAUCCUGUCCUCAACCAGACUGUUAAUCGGCUGCAGCGUGUUGCAGAAGGCAAGAAAGAAGAAGUAUUUGUUCUUUACUCUGCACAUGAUGUCACGUUGUCACCUGUUCUUAGUGCCUUGGGCAUUACAGAGGCCAGAUUUCCAAGAUUUGCUGCCAGAUUAGUUUUUGAGCUGUGGCAGGAUGGGAAGAGACCCAAAGAACACUUUAUCCGCAUCCUGUAUAAUGGCGCUGAUGUCACAUUCCACACCUCAUUUUGCAAGGAUUAUUAUAAACGUUCCAGCAAGCCAAUGUGCCCACUAGAAAAAUUUGUUACCUUUGUCAAGAGGGAUAUGUUCUUAGUUUUUAACAGCACUAGUUAUUAUGAUGCAUGUCGUAGAAGACCACUGUAG